GGGGCCCCAUGGCGAAAGAGGUACGGCGCGCCGGAGGCCACCAGCUGGGGCUGUGCUUGCUUUGCGGUUUACCUGCCGCGGGUAAAACGACGGCGGCGCAGGCUCUGAGCCGGGUCCUGAGGGAGCGCAAAGGGUGGCGCUGCGUUCCCCUCGCUUACGACGACCUCAUACCUCCGGAAGCGUUCGACCAAUCAAAGGAGAGCUCGGGACAGCGCGGGCAGCAGGCGUUGAUGUCACAUUGGAGAUUGUACCGUCAUGAGUUAUUGCUGUAUCUUGAACAUUUCCUUCAGAAUUUUAUUAAAGGAUGCCAUUAUUCUCCUCCUCCAAACAGAACUGAAACAACAUGGAAAAGGUUUGCCUGCUAUCUGAAAGAACAAGAAUUAAUAUAUCCAAGAACAGGAACUGAAGACUCUGCAUCUUGUCAAUAUUUAAUAGAUUUUACCCCUCUCAGACCAACAUAUUUUAUUUUAGAUGACAACUUUUAUUAUCGGAGUAUGAGAUAUGAAGUGUACCAGUUAGCUCGCCAGUAUACACUGGGCUUCUGUCAGUUGUUCCUAGAUUGUCAGGCUGAUGUUUGUUUAGAGAGAAACAGUCGGAGAAAACAACCAUUACCUGAAGAAACCAUCCAUGCAAUGGUGCAGAAAAUGGAAGUUCCAAAUCCAGAGAAAUACGCCUGGGAGCAGAACAGCCUCGUUCUGAAGACUACAGAAUGUUCAGUAGAAGAUAAUCUUCAAGUGCUUGAUUUGCUAUCUACUGCUUUGGAAAAUCCAGUGAAACCCCUGGAAGAGAAUACAGAAGUAAAGGAAAUGGAUCGAGCUAUUUGUGCAGCCAGUGUUCUUCAUCAAGCAGACCAGGCUGUCAGGCGAGCUGUCUCCCAGACCAUGAAGACAGCUAAAGAUAAUAACCUUACCCCAAAGGAGAUGAAGAGCUUGGCAGAUGAACUAAAUAUGCUGAAAAUGGAAUUUUUGGAAGAUUUGAGGCACAGAGAAAAUGAGAAAAAUUACCAAUUGGAUAUAAAUGUAACCUCUUUAUUCAGCCAACAGGCAGAUGGCAUUGUUAAGAAAUAUUUAAGUGAGAAGUAUUAGCAUUUUGAUUCAUUCAGUGAAGCGGAUAUAAUGCAGUAGCAUGUGGGUUUGGCAAGAACACUAGAUAUUGCCACCUGAAGCAGAUCUGAUGUCUCAUUGGAAAAAAACUGGGCCAAUUCCCUCACUCUCUGUUCGGACUGACUACGAAAAAUACCAAUUGUACCAAGAAGCUUCAGGAUCCAUAGGGAGAAGAAAGAUACAGUGAGAUCUACCCUCUGAAAUAUUUUACUGUUUGCUAUAAUUUGAAAUAUGUAUGAGUUAAUGAUCCUGGCUGCAG